AUGGGACAUAAAGUUGUUUACCGUGAUAGAGUAGGCGGCCAUGAAAGGAUGUUCCAAGAUUAUUUGGCUGACAAUCCAACAUACGGCCCCGAAUUAUUUCGAAGAAGGUACAGGAUGUCUAAGAAUCUUUUCGUACGCAUAAUGAAUGGCGUAGAGGCGCAUGACGACUACUUUGUGCAGAAAAGAAAUGCAGCCAAUUAUGUUCGCAUUGCUGAAAGUACAACGCUGGAUAGCCUGAGACACUUUGUUCGUGCAGUUGUUGAGGUGUUUGGUGAUGUAUACCUGAGACAUCCCAAUGAGGCGGACAUAGCACGCUUACUCGCAAUGGGUGAGAAAAAAGGCUUUCCAGGAAUGCUAGGGUCUAUUGACUGUAUGCACUGGGCGUGGAAGAAUUGUCCUUAUGAAAGACAAGGUCAGUACAAGGGGAAGGAGGAGAAGCCCACUAUCGUUUUGGAGGCUGUUGCUUCAGAGGAUCUUUGGAUAUGGCACGCUUUCUUUGGGAUGCCAGGGUCUCAUAACGACAUCAAUGUUCUCCAUAGAUCUCCUUUGUUUGAUAACCUGGCGGAAGGUAGAGCUCCGGCAGUGAACUUUUCUGUUAAUGGGCAUGACUACAACAUGGGCUACUAUCUUGCAGAUGGUAUAUACCCCGCAUGGGCAACUUUAAUCCAGUCCAUCACUCUUCCUAUGGGUAACAAGAAGCAAUACUUUGCCAAAGCGCAAGAAGCAGCGAGGAAGAUGGUGGAGAGAGCUUUCGGGGUUCUUCAGUCUAGGUUUGCCAUUGUUCGUGGCGGAGCUCGAAUUUGGGACGAAGAGACAUUGGCAUUGAUCAUGAGGGCAUGUGUUAUCAUGCAUAACAUGAUCGUAGAAGACGAAGGAUUCGUGGUCGACCAUACCGAGCGUUUUGAGCACGGAGAUGAUCAGCAGCACGUAGCGGCUUAA